AUGACAUCCAAUUCAAAUUUCCUUGAUAAAGCCAUUGACUUGGUUUCUAAUGCGAUUGAAGAGGAUGUAAAGACAAACUACGCUGAGGCCUUGAGACUCUAUUUAAAUGCCUUGGAUUACUUUAUGAUGGCUUUGAAAUACGAAAAGAACCCUUCUUUAAAGACAAUGAUACGUGGUAAACUCGUUGAUUACAUCACAAGAGCAGAGAAGCUCAAGCAGCAUAUUGCUAAAAGUGAUGAAAACAAGAAGCAACCACUUGGUUCUACUAACACUGCCAGUGCUAAUUCUGGUCAACCUAACAAAGAGGCCGAAAACGAUGACGCUGAGACUAAGAAAUUACGCGCUGGAUUAUCAAGCUCAAUUCUACAUGAAACACCAAACGUUAGCUGGGAUGACGUCGCUGGUCUCGAAGUUGCAAAAGAGGCUCUCAAAGAAGCUGUCAUCUUACCGAUAAAGUUCCCUCAUCUCUUCAAAGGUAACCGCAAACCUUGGCGCGGUAUCUUACUAUUUGGUCCACCAGGUACUGGUAAAUCUUACCUCGCAAAAGCAGUAGCCACUGAAUCCAAGUCAACCUUCUUUAGCGUUUCCUCCUCAGAUCUGGUCAGCAAAUGGAUGGGCGAAUCUGAAAGAUUAGUAAAAAAUCUCUUCGCUAUGGCCAGGGAAAACAAACCAUCCAUCAUCUUCAUCGAUGAAGUUGACAGUUUGGCUGGCACCAGAGGUGAAGGUGAAUCUGAGGCAAGCAGAAGAAUUAAGACUGAAUUCCUCGUUCAAAUGAAUGGCGUAGGAAAUGAUGACAACGGGGUUUUAGUCCUCGGUGCAACCAAUAUACCAUGGUCUUUAGAUGUUGCUAUAAAGAGAAGAUUUGAGAAAAGAAUCUAUAUACCACUACCUGAACCAGAGGCUAGAAAGGAGAUGUUUAGGUUGAAUGUCGGUGAAACUCCAUGCAAGUUGACUCAAAAAGAUUACAGAUUGUUAGGCGAAAAGACUGAAGGCUAUUCUGGUUCCGAUAUAGCCAUCGUCGUGAGAGACGCGUUGAUGCAACCUGUACGAAAGGUACUCUCUGCAACUCACUUCAAGGAGGUACAUGUCAACGACGAGAGUGGAAACUCAAUUAGAAAGCUGACUCCUUGUUCACCCGGUGAUCCACACGCCUUUGAAGGUGGUUGGUCUACCAUCGACUCUGAAGAAUUGCUCGAACCUGACCUCUCCCUCAACGAUUUCAUUAAAGCCGUCAAUAGCACUCGACCGACCGUCUCGGAUGAAGAUAUCCGCAAACAUAUGGAGUUCACAAACGAAAGCGGAGAAUGCCGGUUUGGUAGCAACUGCAAAAAUCAACAUCCUGGAGAGCAAACUGCUGGAAGUAGACAAGGCGGUUUCAGCAACUUUAGUAACUCGUCAUUUGCUUCUGGUAAUACAAAUUCUGCGCGCAAGAACGAGAGCGCUUCAAGUGCCGAAUCAAUCAGACACGAUUUAGUUGAUGAGCGCCCGAUUUAUCCCCUUACAAGUUAUGGGCCAGCGAAGGAGGAACCUAAUCUCAUAUUGGAGCUAGACGAGUCGCCUGAAGAGUUGCGUCUUAAGUUUGUCCAGGCGAACGCGUCUGGCAACCCUCAACAAUACGUGCAAUACGAAGAAUCACAGACAGCCAAAUGCUUACAGUUAUUUGAAAGUGCGGCUAGAAACAGCUUUGACGCGCAUAAGCAUAUUAAUGCCAAGCUCAAGGGCCAGAUACCAGCGAACAGUGCAUUUAAGCCAUCAGCAACAACAGCAGCAUCAACUUCAGCAUUCGGGCAAAGUGCGCAGCCCAGCCAACCAGCAUUUGGAUCUUCAGCGUUUGGUGGAUCGACUGCAAAUGGUUUUGGUGCCCCGUCGAGCGGUUUUGGUGCUUUCUCAUCUUCAAAGCCUUCAUCGAAUGCAUUCGGAUCUAUAUCUCAGCAAAGCGCGUUUGGAAGCUCAACUCAAGGUGCUUUCGGACAGUCGGCAACGCCUGCGAGUAACAGUGCAUUUGGACAGCCAAAUUCGUUUGGUGGCGGAGCAUCUGGAGCAUCUGCACUAACCAGUGCACCUUCAAGUGGCUUUGGGGCGUUUGCUGAGUCUAAACCAGCGUUUGGUGCAUCUUCAGAGCCUAAAAGCGCAUUUGGAUCCACUUCCACGCCUUCAACAAGUGUGUUUGGCCAGAGCGCAACACCUACCAACGCUUUUGGUCAAAAAAACAGUGCUCCUACAAGUAAUGCGUUCGGCCAAAGCACGACGCCUUCAAGCGCCUUUGGUCAGACAAACGCAUUCGGUCAGUCUAGUACAGGUUCAUCGGCAUUUGGCGGGACCACACCGGCUGCGUCGACUGGAUUCGGAGCAUUCGGCGGUGGAGGAGGCAGUGGAGGUACUGGCUUAGCGUUUGGUCAAUCUGCAUUUGGACAAACCUCACAACCAAGCGCCUUUGGUCAGAGCAGUACUUCAUCGAACAAUGCAUUCAAUGACACUUCUCAAAGCGGUAGUGGGGGCAAUAAUGCGUUUGGACAACAAUCGACCCCAGUUAGCUCGUUUGGGCAAAGUGCAUUCGGACAAACGUCUGCACCAGCACCUACUAGUGCUUUUUCACUUAAACCUUCAUUUGAUACGCCUGCAGUAGCACCUCCAGCGACAACUCCAGCACCAGCUCCCGUUUCUUCGACGCUUGAUCAACCCUCUGCAUUUGGACGCCCAUCAGCGUUUGGACAACCAGCAGCUAGUCAGCAGGAGACAGUAUUUGGGCAUAGUAUAGGAACUAGCGCGUUUGGAGUGCCAAGCAGGGAACAGAGGCCAGAGGAAGUAGAUCAAUCAGCUCGAUUUGCGCCUUCUCUAGAAGAACUACCUGAACAAUUUCAAAAGGCAUUUAAAGAUGAGCAAUUCUCUUGGGGAGAGAUACCAACGCUUGCACCACCAAUAGUCAAAGUGAAUCUCGAGCUAAAGGAAAUGAUUCAGCGUGCGUACGUUGAAGGUAGAUUGUGGACUACGAAUUGGAUGGCACAGCGUAUACCGUCCCUUCAAAAUUCUCUACCUCCUCCAACUGGUUCCUACGCAGCCGCGAUUGGUACUGCUGCCUCAAAUGGCAUUCAAAUAAGUCCUCAGCAGGCGCAACAGCCGAUGAAACGGAAAAAGAACAAUCAAGCUACUAAGAAGUCAUCACAACCAAAGAAGUCAAAGGGGUUCACCGUUGAUGACGAUGAGGAUAUGCGCGUUAAAAGAGCAAAGAGAUUUGAGGGUGCGACUAUACCAUCAACUUACACCAACCCAGCUACCGUGAAAAUGCCACCAAAGGCAAAUAAAUGGAUAAACAGAGGUAAUACAAGCGAGCCUGAUCCAAAUGUGAUUGACUGGGAUCAACACACUAUCGUCGGCUUAUCAGAUUCACUAGAGAAACAGUAUCUCAGACUAACAUCCGCACCUGAUCCAGCCACAAUACGCCCUUUACCUGUUUUGAAGAAGACGCUUGAUCACCUUAAGAGAAAAUGGCGGCAGGACAGAGAUUAUAACUAUAUAUGUGACCAGUUCAAAUCACUUCGACAAGACCUUACUGUACAACGGAUCAAGAACGAUUUCACAGUACAAGUCUACGAAAUACACGCAAGACUAGCUUUAGAGAAUGGCGACUUAGGUGAAUACAAUCAAUGCGCUGCUAAUUUACAACCUCUUUAUCAAUUAAAUCUUAAGGGUAACGAAUUGGAGUUUAUAAGCUACCAAAUUCUAUACCUAUGCUAUAGCAGAAACUGGUCAGCGGCGAAUAUACUUGUUGGACUGUUGUCAAACGAAAAGAAAGAAGCUCAUGAAAUAAGGCACGCAUUAAAGGUACGUUCAUCACUAGUUACUAACAACUAUCAUCUCUUCUUCAAAUUAUAUCAAGAUUCGCCAAAUAUGUCUGCUUACAUUAUUGAUGCUUUCGUUGAAAGAGAGAGGUUGAAGGCAUUGAUAAUGAUAACUAAGGCUUACAUAAAGAUACCAUUAUCCUUCAUAAAGAAUGAGCUUAGAUUCGAUAAUGCUACGGCAGUAAAAGAUCUUUUAAAGCAACUCGGCGCUGUUAGCUGUUUCGAAAAGAGCGCCGUUGGAGUCACAAACAAUGGCGUGCCACCAGAUCAUGAAAAGGUGCUUCUUUGUAAAGAUGUUCAUCCAAUACUUCUGAGUCAAGUGUCCAGAUACGUAAAGGUUGACAUUAAAGGUCAAGUGUAG